AUGGAGUACAAGCCCCUUGAGACCACCCCCCAGGUAUUUUGGGGCCCCCACGCGCUGCCCAAGGGACCCAAAAUGUGGGCAGGGGUGGGGAGUAUACCCUUGUCUUUCCGUGACGGGUACCACAGGAAAGACUCCCUUCAAGCACACCGAGCCCAGGGCCAGCCCGACCACAAUACCGUAUCGUAG